GUGGUCGUAUAGCGGUGAGGACUAAUUUAGUACAUGUCAGUAAAUUUGUCUUUCUUGGGUUCGCUUUUAGAUAAGAACAGAGUUGAUGUUAUUUAGUUAGUUUAGGUCCAUGCAGUUUACAUGGUAUUCAAGUAACAAAUUAUAUAGUUACCAUGUGAUAAUAGUCGAAAAAUAUUUUAAACUCAUAUAGUAUGGUUGUAAGUCUGUUAUAUAGCACUAAUUAAAUGCGUUUUUUUUUUUGGGCUGAACGGUUCAGGACAUAUUAAGAAACGCAAGAGUCGCAAACACAUACCAUUUUGUGUAUUAUGUAACACCUGUACCAAAAACUGAAAAGUAUACUUGUAUUCAUAUAACACGAGUUCGCCCUAGCCUCCCAGGCACGAAGUUCAAGACUCAUCCAAGAUCUAUGUUCUCCGGCGCCGGCGACGCGUGUUCCCGCCGGCGCUGGGUCUUUUCGCUAUUGCUGUUCACCGUACCCAUUUUCUGCUUCAUGGUUCACUGUUCCGUCUGUCUGUUACCUGUUCGAUUUCGGUGGAAUCUCAAAGGAAGAAGAUCUCGACUGACGUUACGACGAAGACGACUCUUCGUUGUGCUGCUCCCGGCGAUUCUUCUCCUCCGUUUGGUCCCUCCUCCAGCAAUGAGUCGAGAGGGUUCUCUCACCGCCGCUUUGUUCUGGUCCUCGGGUUCAGAUCCCGUCGUACCUUCCUCUGGCUGCCGUAGGACAAGAGACGGUGUCGUUUCUGUCAAAAUCGUUCAACCGUUUAUGGAGUUGCGUUCUAAAUCGACGAGCUCAACCUCUCCAUCUCCGGGGAGGCUUGUGUCCAACAAGCCACCGUGUGGUGCUCCUCCUCAUAUAACCGGCACCAGAUCCAAACACAUCACAAGUUCAGAUCCGAAUCUCUUCGAUAAUGCUUCAGUCUCUCUAUCAUUUAAAGUGAUUCUGCUCCAGCAUAGCUCUUCCGGCGACCACUCUUUCGGCGCCGAUGAACGGACUGCCUCUUGGUCCGUACUGACAAGGCUUGGUGAGCUGAUGCUCCCUUAUGCUUCGGCAUGUCCCAUGUGUGCAAAUGACCAAGUCAGCCCAAGAAGCUACCUACCAGAACCCAAUUAUCUAGAAGAAAACGUGAUACAAUUCCUAAUGGAGGAUGGUGAUUGGUUUAGCUUCUCAGAGAUUUCCAGUGGGAUCUCUCCCUGUUAUAUAUUGACAUAUCUCUUCUUUGGGAAGAAUUUACCGGUGGGUUCACCGGACACGACUCUGUUUCGAUCAUCCUCCUCUUCUGAGGCCACAUUUUUACCACCAUAUCCUCUUCCAGUGGCAAGGGGUGUUUUCUCGGGCUUGUUCCCGAAUGCUUGCUUCAGUUCCUUCAUCGUCUUGUCAUCUUGCGGAGCGGUCUCUACGGGACCUGAAGAUGCAAGCAAAAUUACUUCGGUGAUUUUCGUAGAUGGGGUCUGGACCUCAACGUCACAUUAUGUGACUAUUCUCAAGCUAUUUGACUUUGUCGUGAAAGCUACCCCGACGCAUUCAAGCAUCCUCUCGAAUUCGCUGUCAUCUCCAUGUGAAGACCUAUCUUAUCUAGCUUAUUUAUCUGUGUUUGGUUAUGCUUAUUGCCUAAGAGGAUGGAUAAUUUCCUCAUGUUAUUGUAUUGAAGAAGUUUGAGUAUGAAUGAAAUUAAGUUUGUGUUAAAAAAAAAUGUAACACCUGUACCAUUGCUUGUCAUUCUUUCAUCAUUAUUGGUCUUUAUGCAUUUUAAGCAACAACUUUAAUCAUUUAAAAAGAAAAACAUGUUGUUAUCCAUUUUACCUGUUUUGUUCUUACUGUUCAAUUGUGAAAAUCCCGACCAUUAUUGACCAAUACAUGUGUUAUUACAUCCUUUCCUUAUGUAUAAAGCUUGGUUAGGUGUUUUAGUAGCUUUGGCGAUCCUACUUUGGUGUGUUAUAACACUUGUCAUUUCCACCGAACAUCCUAAAAAAAUCCCAUGAGAGACAUCUGCAAACUAAAGCAGAUUUAGAAAGUGAUCAGUUAUAACAUUGGAUAAUUGAGAAAUUCAUGCGUUUCUUGAGAGUUAAGGAGUAUAAACUUCCAAAGUUGAAAUAACUUUAUUAUUGGGACCCAUAUUAACAAAACAACUAUCCCUUAUUUUUCUUUCAAGCAAACAAAAGAAAAAUAUUGACACACAAUCUACGUUUUUGAAGGAAAAAGGGGUUAAUAUAUAUAUGAUCUACACUCAAUCGAGUCAUAGAAGUAUAUGACACACAAUCUGCGUUUUAAAAUAACUUGGUACAUUAUUAGUUUGCGAAAUGAACACGUACCUAGAGCGUAGUGCAUGCAUCAAACGGUCUUACAUGCAUAGGAAACCAAAGAGUGGCAAUAUUUAACCUCCAUGUACUCCAAUUCCGACCAAUAUCAGCUCUUAGGCAUCCUUAUCCAACAUGUGUUAGUGACUUAGUUCGCUGGACAUCAUGGAGUUGUGAUCAAGAUUCUAUUUUCUUGAACUGUGGGUAAUUCAAAUCAUUGUAAGAGAAUGUCCAGUAGCAACGUUCUUGAACUCUUGCUUCCACAAAAAAAAAAUGAACUAUAAAAGUAUUUGACAAGAGAUAAUAUCUCACCUAAUGAACAGCCCCUAAAUGUGUAGGUUUUCAAAAAAGGGUAACAUGAAUUCAAGAAAAAACAAUUAAAUGUCUA